GGAAUGCCUGCCUUGCCUGGCGGCCGGAUACAGCUUGUACUGUACUGUACUUCACGACUCCGAACUUCAAGCUUUAUACCUCUACUGCCAUCAUGGCCGUGAAACCGACGACCAAAGCCAUGCACAAUUCACCCAGUAACAAAGGAAAGAAGGCAGCUUCCUCGAUAGGAGCUCCAGCGCAACAUAACCAGAGCAGUCGCAAGGGGAAGAAAGCAUGGAGGAAAAACGUCGACAUCGGGGACGUCGAAGUGGGAAUGGAGGAAUUACGUGAGGAAGAAAGAGUUACUGGGUCGAUCCUCCAGAAGAAAACAAAUGAGGAGCUUUUUCAAGUCGACGUAAAAGGAGACGAACACGUCCGGAGAACACAGCCAAAGUUCUCCAAAGCCCUCCUCACCUCCACCAAAAUUCUCGCACAGCGAUCCGCCGUCCCCGCUGUCAUCACGCGUACUACCGCUAACCCGCUCAAGCGCAAAAACUUGACAUAUGAAGAGAAGGGCCGCCUCCUUCGGAUGGGCAAGCGGCCCAGGAAGGGCCCCUUCAAUGCGGUCAUCGACCAUACGGAGAUGGGCGCGGGUAGCGCGAUGCUCGAGGUCAGCGAGGCGGCGAAGAACAGUGGGACUCAUGAUGUCUGGGGGGACAGUUCUGUGCAAGGGACGAAAGUGAAGCAUCCGAAGACACCCAACCCCCGCUCACUCAUCGCUCUCCCCGCCGUCCCCACACCGCAUGAGGGUACCUCGUACAACCCGCUUGUCACCUCGCACCUAGAACUCUUACGCACCGCGCACGAGAUCGAGGAGCGCCGGCUGAAGGAGACUGAGAAGCUCGCAGAGAUGAAGCGUAAGAUAGACGCCGCGCGGACCGCUGCGGUGCUCGAGGACGCGGAGGGUGUCGCCCGGGGGAUGACCGUCCAGCUCAUCGACGACGCCGACGCCGAGCUGGAGGCAGAUGACGGCAAGGAGCUUCCACCGGUGAAGAAGAUGCCCGAGCGGAAGACAAAGCAAGAGCGCAGGAAGGCGUCGCGGCUGCGUGCGGAGAAACGUGCACUUGCCGAACGGGCCGCCAGGAAACGCAUGCUCGCGUCGGUGGACUCUGCAAAAGCGUUGCGGAAGGCCUUUGGCCGGAACUUGGCAGCCAGGGAGAGGCUGCGCGUGCAGAAGCAGGAGAAGAUGCAGGAGAAGCUAAGACAGGGUCUGGCGGGCCAGCGUUUGGGAAAGCACAAGGUACCCGAAGGCGAGGUGGAUGUGCAGCUGGGUGAGGAACUCACUGAGAGCUUACGGGCGUUGAAGCCCGAAGGCAACCUGUUCCGCGAUCGCUUCCUGAGUAUGCAACAUCGCGCGCUCAUAGAGCCUCGCGUGCCAGUCCUACCGAGGAGGCGCAAGAUGAAGAUCAAGGAGUACGAGAAGCACUCGUACAAACGGUUCGACAGGGAUCAAUAAUUCAGCCCGUGGUUCGUUCGGGUUUGCUGUAUCUGUAUUUCUCUGGUA